AUGAGCCAACUCAAUGCAGAACGCGAUGACAAUCAGGUGUUGAAACCAUGUGAUGUGUUUGAUUUGAUCGGAGGCACAAGCACUGGAGGGCUUAUUGCCAUAAUGUUGGGACGACUGGAAAUGGGAAUCGACGAGUGCAUUUGCGCAUACACGGAGUUGAUGGAAUCAGUGUUUGGUGAGAAGGUCAACAACCUGCCUAUUGACUGGGCUGGCAACAUUGUACCCCAGUAUGACAGCAAAAAGCUCAAGGUCGCGAUCGAGGAAGUCAUUUCCCGUGCUGGCCUGUCCCCUGAGGAUCCAAUGGACUAUGGUAGCUCUGGUCGAUGCCGAAUGUUCGUAUGCACAACGGCCAAAGAGACCUUGCAGGUGACUCGUCUGCGGAGCUACAAGAUCUCAAGCGAAGGCACGGUAUCAGCCACAAUAUGUGAGGCAGCCCUGGCAACUUCUGCAGCAACGGGAUUCUUUGAUCCAGUAAGGAUUGGAAACCGCGAAUUCGUUGAUGGCGCCUUUGGUGCCAACAACCCGAUUGAGGAAAUUGAAGAGGAAGCCACAGACAUAUGGUGUAACGAAACCCGUGAACUGAGACCUCUGGUCAAAUGUAUUCUUUCCAUAGGCACAGGAAGCCCAGCACGAGUGCCUGUUGACAACAAGAUGCUCAAGUUUCUCUCACAAACACUUGUCCGGAUGGCCACGAAACCCGAGAGCACUGAACGCCGCUUUAUGGCUCGAUGGUGCAACCAAUCAAAUACGCAACGCUAUUUUCGCUUCAAUGUCGAACAAGGGCUUCAAGGAGUUCACAUGAAUGAAUACCAAAAGCGCAGUGUGAUCGAGUCUGCAACCCAUGCCUACCUUCAUCAUUCGGGGCAAAAGUCGUCUGUUCAAGGCUGUAUCUCGAAUCUAUCGAGCAAACAAGGAAGGACAAAUGUUAAUUUUGAGGACGUUUUGCGAGAACACGAAGCCCGAGUGGCACAGUCUCGGAUUUUGCGAGCCAUCGGUUCCUCCGGGAAGCCCUUUCUGUCCGACAAAUCAUCAUGCUGGGAAGUACCCUUUGACAGAAAUUCUCGAUAUGUAGACCAUCACAUCACGGUUAAGAUCAAAAGAAGGCUAUUUACCACCUGUCAUUCUGAACGAAUUGCCCUAUUUGGACUAGGAGGAGUGGGGAAGACGCAAGUUGUGCUUGAGUUGGCAUAUCAGAUUCGGGAGCUGUACUCAGAUUGCUCGGUAUUUUGGGUUCCUGCCAUGGAUACGGAGUCUAUUCACCAGGCAUACCAGAGGAUUGCGGAUCAAGUUGGGAUAAACACUUCUGAUACACAAGGUGAGGACGUCAAGGUUCUUGUUCAGAGGCACCUUAGUCAACCGGAAUCCGGCAGGUGGCUCCUUAUUUUCGACAAUGCAGAUGACCAUGAUCUUUGGAGUGAGACCAAAGACCUUCCAGUCAGCAAUCAAGGUGUCAUCUUAUUCACAACACGAAGCCACAAGAUAGCUCGCUUACUUGCCGCUGAAGAUGUUAUCCAAAUCACUGAGAUGAAUGAGCAGAAUGCUAUACAAGUCUUACGGAACAGUCUGACUCGCAAAGAGCUCCUCGAAGAUGUGGAAGUCACACGCCAAUUUCUUGACCGCUUGACUUAUCUCCCCUUAGCCAUUGUCCAAGCUGCAUCUUUCAUCAACGAAAACAUGACAUCAAUUGAAGCAUAUGUCAGACUUCUAGAUUGCCAGGAGCAGAGCGCCAUCGAUCUGCUGAGUGAGGAUUUUGAGGAUGAGGGCCGUUACAAAAGCAUUCGGAAUCCUGUGGCGACGACAUGGCUCACCUCUUUUCAUCAAAUUCACCAGAAACAUCCACUUGCCUCUCAGUAUCUGAUGCAAAUGGGGUGCAUGGCGAGUGAAGACAUCCCCACAUGCUUCCUUGGCAAGAGUAAUGCUCUUGAGCGGGAGAAGGCAAUCGGUGUACUAGUCUCCUAUUCCUUUGUACGCGUACAGCAAAGUGGGACUACCCUGAGUAUGCAUCGACUUGUCCACCUUGCAAUGCGAAAUUGGCUCAGGUCAGGGAUAUAUCUGCAAGCUUGGAAAGAAUGGGUGCUUAAACACAUUUCCGACAACUUUCCCGAGCCCGACCGGCUUCACCGAGGUCCGUGGAGGGCAGCCAUACCUCAUGCUCUUUAUAUCCUUGAUACAACAUCAGAUGAAGAGCCUGGAUCGCAUCGAGUUUGGCUACUAAAUCAAGUCGGCUCUUGCCAAUUGCUCGAUGGCCGGAUAGAAGAGUCGUUCGCACUGCUCAAAGAAUGCGUUGAAAUUGCAGAAAUCAUUUGCGACCCUGAUGAUGAACUCCUCCUUCAUACUCUUCGUAGCCUGACAAGAUAUCACCUUGAUCAAAAGAAUACGAAAGAAGCAGUGGUACUGCUUGAAAGGCUCACCAAGAUAACUGCCAAAGUCUAUGGACCCGAUCAUUUCAUGACGGCACGUGCAAAUCUUGAAAUGGGAUCGUUACUUUCACUCAAAGGAGAAUAUUCGAAAAGCGAAGAGCUGUGUACCCAAUCUAUCAAAUGUUUUCUGCGAGAGUUGGGCCCUCGAAGUUUCGAAACAAUUGAAGCGGCAGGUUGCCUCCUGAAUCUCUACAUCUUUCAGGGUAGACUCUCGGAUGCGGCAGAGUUGGCUCCACUCGUACUCGAGAUGUCCAAAGCAACAUUGGGAUCCGAUCAUCCCCAGACAGCUGUACAUGCAAGCCAACUGGGGAAAGUUUAUACUCAGCUAUGGCGGUUGGACGAGGCUGAAGCGCUAUAUACGACAGCGCUUGAGAUCAACAAACAAGUUCUUGGAUCUGAGCACCGACACACAGUACUCAACAUGAAAUAUCUGGCUGAAACAUGGGCCUUUCAAGGACGUCGGAAUGAAGCUAUAGAUUUGAUGACAGAGUGUGCCAGCCUCUUCAGCCAAGUUCAUGGCCCGGAGCACAUACAUACGAAGAAAGCACUGAGCACCGUGGAGGAAUGGAGCUCCCCAAAGUAA